AUGGCGCAGACGGUGGCGUUGAUCGCAGGGCUCGUAGCCGCUUCGGUGGUUUUACCUGCGUUGUUAUUACUUUGCGGCAAGAAGCGCAAGGAUGCUCCUGUUGGGGCGUCUAUGGCAAAUCGCCGGGGCGGCUCGCCAGGCGGCCGCAUGCCGAUGGACCCCAUUCUGCACCCCAGCUGGGUAACAAAGCAGGCCGCACGGGAUGCCAUGGAAAAGCAGCAGAUGACUGUCAUAAUGGCGACGAACCAGACGCGAAUGCAAAAGGCCGGCGGUGGUGGUCGCCGCAGUGGCAGCGGAGGUGGCGAGGACAACGUCCAGGUAGUCGUCAUGCGACAGCCUAGCACGAUGGCGGAUAGGUUUGCUCUUCCUUCCCACAUCGCCAAGCAGCUUGGUCAGGAGGUCGUGGCGGGGCGUGGCGAGGCAGUCCUACCCUACCGCAGAAGCACCACCGCCAACGGCAGCGGCAUCAAGGCUCGUACCCCGGCUGGCGGCGAAACGCCCGAUUUGCCGUACGCCCGUGGGUACAAUAGCAGUACAAGCACCGGAAGUCGAAAAGCCCACGGAGGCAUGUCGUACUUCCAAGGUCGCGACUCGAUAUCCUCGGUAAUACCCCUUAGCGAAACGCACACAAUUGGCGGCUCCGGAACCCCUUCCGACCAGCGGGAAGGUGUCCGUUUCAGCGGCUCCGGAACCGCCGCCAGAGCUCGUGACUCGCGGUUCACUGGGUCCUUUCGCCGUGGCAGUGGCUCCGGAACCGCCUGGACCGGCGAGCUGAAAGCUGAUGGAGGCUCCGGUGUCAGCGGGAGCAUGGAGGUCUCUGUAAACCGUUUGAAGGGACCCUCGGGACUGAUGGCAGCUGCAGUGGAGGCUGCCGAAGCGGAGGCGGCUGCGCUGCUCCUACUGAAUGAGGCACGGGUUACCCACCCGCGGGUCAUUAGCCUGAGCCUCAGGCUGCCCAAGGCCUCCCCAAGGCCAAGCUCCCCCGGCGGCAUUGGAGCAGGAUUCUUAGGCGGGGGUCGAAGUAGCUCGGAUGAGCUGCGGCGGCAGGAGCAGUUGCAGGAAAAAGGGGAGAACGACGCGCAGGAGCAGGAGCAGGACCUGCGGCAAUGGGAAGGGACGGAGAAGGAGGAGCGGCAGCAGCAGCGGCCGCCGCAACAGCAACCUCCGUCCCUGGAUAUCGUGGAACGGCUCGUGCCCGGAGUGGAUUGGUCGGCAGCUUCACCGUCGCCAUCGUUGUUUCAGACGACGGCGGCGGAACGAGCUCCGCCGGCUGCGGCGGCGACGCCCUCCAGUCGACGGCUCGGCGCAGCAUCGGAGCCGGCCGACGACGGCGGCGUCACCUCUGUCGCCGUCGUCGUCCCGCAGCAUCUCUCAAACAACCAAAGCGGCGGCGGCGGAGGCAGCGGCGGCGGCAGUCGCGGCAGGUCCAUCAGCAGCCGUGAGCUGCACGGCAGGCUUGGCGUCGUACACCUUCGGAGUCUGCUCGGCGGCCGGUCCUUCCUGGUCGAACGGGAGUUAUGGAACGGCGGCAGCGGCACCAGAAAGCGAUGGACAGGCCAUUGCGGGCUCGCACCGCCAGAGCCCUUCCUGGCGGAACUUGAGGACGUCCUCCAGGCUCCUUUGCCUGGAUCUGCCAACAAUAGUGCUGCGUUGCGGGCUGCUACCGGCUGUGGUCAAGUAAACGCCUCGACAUCACGGUCGCGACGUGUUAUGUUGUUGACGUCGAGACGGUGCAGCGGCGAUGUUGGCGGCGGCAGUGGCCCGCUGGAUGCUGACCUCGGGCAGAAAGCUCUGGAAUUGUCUUGCAGCACCGAACAAGCCGCGACAGCCGCUGAAGCCGCCGCGAAGGCGGCGGCGGCGGGGGAGCCGGUCGCUGCGCGGGACAUCACCUUGCGCCUUGGCGGCAGCGGCGGCGGUGGCGGCAGCAGCGGCAGCGCGCCGCCAGGCACCGCCGACGCUACGCGAGCGAGCGUGACAUGGAGCGGCAUGGCGGCGGCGGUGCCACUAGUGGAUGUGGAGGCAGGGCCGGCGAUGAUGACGUCGGCGGGGGAUGCCAUGAUGGCAGCGCCGGCGCUUAGUAGUCGUGCUUCGGGUGCUUCGGAUGCUUCCCGGCCCACAAGGAGGGCUUGGGAGAUUUGGUUUAGUGCGGGCGGAAAAAGCGUCUACUACGGUUGUUUGGAACGGUUGUGGGGCUGUGGCAGGGGGCUCAUCCGGGGGCCGAGGUAUAUCCAGCGGCCUCCAGUCCAGGGAUGUAGCAGGGCGCAGACCAUGCCCCGGCUUAAAGGCGUGCCAUCCCGGCAACAACCCCUGGGCAACAACUUCCUCAUCGUGGCAACAGAUUCGCGGCAGGCCAAGUGGCCUUGA